UGUUUGCAAAGAUCAUAUGGAGCUCAUCGAAUGCAACGACAGAUCUGAUGGUUUUAGAUGGGAAUGCCGUAAGAGGUCGAAGUCAGAAAGUCACAAAAGAGUGAUAAGCGUCAGGAAAGGUAGCUGGUUUGAAAAGAGCAACAUGACAUUAGAUGAAAUUGUCAAAUUCACUUAUUGGUGGUGUGAGGGUCUUGAACAAGCGCAAAUUAAGAAACAGCUAAAGAUCAAUCCUACUAGUGCCGUUGACUGGGACAUGUUUUGUAGAGAGACUUGUGAAGUGACUCUGGAAUCGAAAAGUGAAAGACUUGGUGGACCAGGGAAAGUAGUUCAGAUUGACGAAAGUAAAUUUGGGAAAAGAAAGUAUCAUAGAGGRCACAGAGUAAAAGGUCAGUGGGUGUUUGGAGGAAUAGAGGACGGAAGUCGCAAGUGUUUUAUGGUGGCCGUAGAAAAGAGAGACGAGGCGACGCUACUACCUAUAAUCAAGACAUGGAUCAARCCAGGAACGAUCAUAGUAUCGGAUUGMUGGAAGGYGUACCACAAUUUGUCAAGUAAUGGUUAUGAACACAGAACAGUUAAUCAUUCCAAAGAGUUUCUGGAGCUUCUUGUUGACCUGGAACCUCUUGUUGAGCUGGAACUUAUUGUUGAGCUGGGACGUCUUGAAGGAGAGCAGGGUCAGGAUUGA